UGAUCCUACAUCAAAAAAUGUACUUUAGGAUAGCAAUUCAUGCAUCAAACAUGGCAAAUAUGGUUCUUUUCAUUGCUAAAGUCUGGGCCUCUAUUGACAGCAGAUUGCUGGCUGUAAUUUGGUCGACCUCGGACUCCCUAUUUAACCUCUUAUCUGGAUUUAUUCUGUGGUUCACUCCUAAUGCAAUGAAAUCCCCGAACCAGUACCGCUAUCCAAUUGGAAAGAAGAGAAUGCAGUCAGUGAAAGUGACUGCAGCACAGCUCCCAUCACUCAUCUGACUUUUUAGCACAAGUGCCAUUUUCGAUCGAGUAUUCAACAAAUUCAUCAAGAAGAC